AGCACAUCAGAGCCCCAGUGAAGUAGUUUGGAGAGUUUAGGCUGCACAUCUCUUUCUCUAUGGCGGGGACUCUGCGGCUCUCGUGGUUUUUCUUCGUGCUCUUUUUCCUCUUGGCCGGGCUGCAAGGAGAGCCCAGCGACACGGGGCAGAGACGGAGCGCCAGCAACGAUCAGCCUCGUAUGCUGUCAGAUAAUGGUCACCUCGUCUUCAACACUGGGGACAAUAAAGAAAUCCGCUUCCAGACGUCAGCCAACGGCCGGGUUAAAGUGGGGGAUGAAGACCUCACACAACUCAUGACCCAGAUCAAAACCAACAAAGCUGAUAUCAGUGACAUUAAGACUCACGGAGGUGGAGUUUCCCCUGAGGUCACAAACAGACUAAACCAGCUGGAUACCAAGGUGACAACUCUUGAGAGUAAAGUCUCUGCACUUGAAACGACGGUGCAGAAGGUGUCCUGCAGCAGUAAUCCCUGUCAGAACGGAGGAACCUGUCUGAAUUUGCUGAACGCGUACCACUGUGUGUGUCCCAACAACUGGGCUGGUCCUAACUGUGCGACGGAUGUGAAUGAAUGUCAGGUGUAUGCAGGAACACUACAGAGUUGUCAGAAUGGAGCAACCUGUGUCAACACCCCUGGAUCAUUCACUUGUACCUGUUCUCCAGAGUGGUCCGGGACUCUCUGCACGGUGCGUUAUGAUGACUGCAGGAACGCUGGGCAGAACCUGUGUGAACACGGCACAUGCAUCGAUGCAGACCGGAUCACACCUGGACAGCCUAAAUAUACAUGCAUCUGUGAGGAUGGCUGGGAGGCUCCAGCAGGGAACCCGUCCUGUGUGGCCGACGUGAACGAGUGUAACCUUCCCACAAAACCCUGCUCCUCCAACCCUGUUGUCCCCUGCUACAACACGCCGGGGUCCUUCUACUGUGGAACCUGUCCUGCUGGUUGGCAGGGCAAUGGCUACAGCUGUCAGGAUGUGGACGAGUGUUCGACCAACAAUGGCGGCUGCUCCUCUGCUCCCGUGGUGCCGUGCCUGAACACCAUGGGCUCCUUCCAUUGUGGGGCCUGCCCUCCAGGUUAUGAGGGCGAUGGAAGAACAUGCACCCAGAGCAACAUCUGCGCCACCAACAAUGGAGGUUGUCACCCACUGGCUAGCUGCACAUCCAGCCUAGGCUCCAGCAUCCCUGUAUGCACCUGUCCUCCAGGAUACAUCGGUAAUGGCUACGGACCGACUGGCUGCACCCAGACCAGCAACAUCUGCUCGACCAACAACCCCUGUGUCAACGGGCAGUGUCCGACCACCUCCUCCCCUGGCUACCUCUGCUCCUGCAACGCCGGCUGGCAAGGAGUCAACUGUGACCAGAAUAUCAACGAGUGCUUAAGCAACCCGUGUCAGAACGGAGGAACCUGCACCGACGCCGUUAAUGGAUUCACAUGUACCUGCACCACCCAGUGGACCGGACCCCUCUGCCAGACGGCACAGCAAGUGUGUGGAGGUUACCUGACGGGCCCUGCUGGCAGCUUCAGUUAUCCCAACACGCCGGGUCAUGAUGAUUACGAUCACCAGGUCAGCUGUGCCUGGGUGAUCCGCACCGACCCCAACAAGAUCCUGCGCAUCACCUUCCCUUUCUUCCAUCUGGAGAGCAGCACCAACUGCAACUUCGACUUCCUGCAGAUUCACGACGGGGACAGUGCCUCUGCUUACCAGAUAGGGAAAUACUGCGGCACCAAUAACCCCCAGGAGCUCUUCAGUUCCCACAAUGCCCUUUACUUCUGGUUUCGCUCCGACCAAUCUGUUAGUGCUGACGGCUUCACUGUGGUUUGGGAGUCCCGGGACCCAGUGUGUGGAGACGAGCUUACCGCCCCGUACGGCAACAUUAACUCACCUGGUUACCCUGGAAACUACCCACCCAGCAGAGACUGCUAUUGGUCGGUGACAGUGGAUCCCGGUUUGCUCAUCACCUUUGCAUUCGGGACUCUGAGUCUGGAGCAACACCCCGACUGCAGCUUCGACUUCCUAGAGAUCCGGGAUGGUCUCCUCCCUGAAGACCAAGUGCUGGGGAAGUACUGCAGCACUGCGUCCCCUGCCCCCCUGCAGACCACCGGUCCGGCUGCAUGGAUCCACUUCCACAGCGACCACAGUGUCUCUGACCGAGGCUUCCACAUUACAUACACAACCUCACCGAGUGACCCUGGCUGUGGUGGUACCUUCACUGACAGUGAGGGUGUCAUCAUCUCCCCCAACUGGCCCAACGACUACUCCCACAACAGGCAGUGCAUCUAUUUGAUCCGGCUGCCCGUCGGUGAGCGGGUGUCCCUCAACUUCACUGACCUGAACCUGGAGACUCACAGCAGCUGCACAUUUGACUAUGUAGAGGUGCGUGACGGCAGACUGGAGACUGAUCCUCUGAUCGGGAAGUACUGUGGGGUCACUCGGCCGGCUCCCAUCACCUCCAACUCAAAUUACCUGUGGAUCCGCUUCAGGUCCGACAGCUCAGUGAGCCAGGCUGGUUUCAGAGCAGUCUACACUGUUGCUUGUGGAGGUACUCUGUCUGGGACUGGGCAGCUGCGCUCCCCCUACCAUCCCAACGCCUACCCCCACAACAAGGAGUGUGAGUGGGUCAUCAACCAGCCGGAAGGAUAUGUGGUCACCCUCAACUUCCUGUCGUUUGACAUUGAAGGAGGAACCUGCCGCUUUGACUUUGUCGAGGUGAGGGACGGCUCCUCUUCCAGCUCUCCUCUGCUCGGGACGUUCUGUGGUAUUCAGAUACCGCCCAUGCUGCAGUCCACUCAGAAAUCUCUGUACAUCCGCUUCAAGACCGACUCCUCCGUCAACAACUACGGCUUUGAGGCAGCCUACGGCUCCUUCUUGGAGGGCUGUGGUGAUACUCUGACUGCUCCUUCGGGCUCCAUCACCAGCCCCGGCCACCCCAACAACUACCCCCAUGGAGCUAACUGUACCUGGUACAUCAGUGUUUCCCCGGGCAACCUGAUUCGACUGUCCUUUGACUCCUUCAACCUGGAGUACCACCUCAACUGUAACUAUGACUACGUGGAGGUGUACGAUAAUGGCACCGUGCAGACGGGAACAAAGAUCGGCAGAUACUGUGGGCGUUCAGUGCCUCCCUCCCUCACCAGCACGGACCGCCUGCUGACGCUGCUGUUUGUGUCUGACAGUAGUUCGGUCGCUGAGGGAUUCUCUGCCAGCUAUGUCUCCCUCAAUGCCACCACAGACUGCAGUGAGACUUUCACCACCUCUACCGGCUCCUUCUUUUCGCCCAACUACCCCGACUACUACCCCACCUACAGAGACUGCAUCUUCAAGAUCAUCGUGCAGGUCAACAUGCAGAUUAUGCUGAACUUCACCAGCUUUAACCUGGAGGGCACGCCUCCUACCUGCGGAUUUGACUUUGUGGAAAUCAGGGAUGGUGGCUAUGAGACGUCUCCCCUGAUCGGGAAGUUCUGCUCCAAUCAGGGGCCUCCACUCCUGGUAUCCCAUAGCAACCGUCUUUGGGUCAGAUUUCGCUCGGAUAGCAGCGUCACGCAUAGUGGAUUCAUGGCCCACUGGGAUGGCACGCAGACGGGCUGUGGAGGGACGAUGGCGACGGCCUCUGGAUUAUUUUCCUCCCCGAACUACCCACUGCCCUACCACCCGAACGCUGAGUGCUACUGGAGCAUCAGGACCAGCAAGGGCAGCAAGCUGCAGCUCUCCUUCUCCGACUUCCACCUGGAGUCCAGCAACGCCUGCUCUUUUGACUACCUGGCUGUGUAUGAUGGGAACAGCAGCACUUCUCCAGAGCUGGCCAGGUUGUGUGGCAGUCAGCCGCCCAGCCCCAUCAGCUCCUCCAGCCAUCACCUGUACGUCAAACUGCGCACGGACGGCAGCGUCAGCACAGGAGGCUUUAUCGCAACAUACACCACCAACUGCAGCGGCAUGGUGAUGUCCGGCCCAAACGGAGUAGUAGAGUCUCUCAACUUCCCCAUGGAAUACCCAUCCAACUCCGAGUGCAGCUGGACCAUCCAGGCCACCAGCGGCAACACCGUCAACUACACCUUCACUGCCUUCCAGGUGGAGGCCACCUCAAGCAUUUGCGACUAUGACUACGUCAAGCUCUUUGACGGGCCAGACCUUCAAUCCCCUGUGAUCGGUACCUUCUGUGGGUACAAUCCUCCCCCCGCCAACACCACCACCAGCUCAGCGCUCACCGUGGUGUUCAGAUCCGACAACUCUGUGUCCCUGUCCGGCUUCAGGAUGGUGUGGUAUCAGAAUGGCUGUGGCGGGGAGCUCUCCGGUCCCACGGGCUCCUUCAACAGCCCAGAAUACCCCAACAAGUACCCAGAGAACAGGGAGUGCAUCUGGUACAUCAGCACAUCCCCUGGCAGCAGCAUCACCCUCACUAUCCACGAGUUCAGUGUGGAGUUCCACCAGGACUGCAACUACGAUGUCCUGGAAGUGUAUGGAGGUCCUGACCUGCUGGCCCCUCAGCUGGCCAAGCUAUGCACCACCACCUCCACCCCGCUGCUGGUCUCCAGCACCGGCAACCUGCUGACUGUGCGCUUCAAGUCCGACGCCUACGUCAGCGGGCGAGGCUUCAACGCGAGCUGGGCUGAAGUUCAGGGAGGCUGUGGAGGGCCCGUCACUGCUCCAUCAGGGGAGAUCCACUCUCCGUUGUACCCGAACAGCUAUCCCAACAACGUGGACUGUUCCUGGGUGAUCAGCGUAGAUCCCAGCCACAGAGUCUUCCUCAACUUUUCUGAUAUGGACAUUGAAUUUCAUAGCAACUGCACCUGGGACUAUGUGGCUAUCCAUGAUGGCCCAAGCAUAUCUUCCCCUCUGCUUGCCCAUGUGUGUGGCACCACGCCUUCCUCCAUCACCGCCACCCAGAACACCGUCUAUGUUCGCUUCAGGUCCGACCUCAGCAACAGCCACCGUGGAUUCAGCGCUCGCUUCUCUGAGGCUUGUGGGGCAUCCAUCACAACCAAUGAUAUCGGAGGGGCCAUCUCCUCGCCCCGGUACCCAUCACCAUACCCGCCCAAUCAGAACUGUAGUUGGAUCAUCAAAGCCCAGGAACCAUUCAACCAUGUGACCCUGUCCUUCACUGACUUUGAGUUGGAGAGGAUCAACUCCAACUGCUCCCAUGAUGCCCUGGAGAUCCUGGAUGGAGACAACUACCAGGCGCCUUCUAUAGGGCGCUUCUGUGGCUAUGAACUGCCGCACCCUGUGACCUCCUUCAGUAACGCCUUGGUGGUCAAGUUCAUAUCCGACCGCUCUGUCUCCAAAAGAGGGUUCAGGGCCACCUACUCAGCCUCCACCUCCAGUUGUGGAGGAGACAUGCUGAUGGAGAGCGGCGCGUUUAACAGUCCCAACUACCCCGAUGCUUAUCCGCCGGAUGUGGAGUGUGUGUGGACCAUCAAGAGCUCACCAGGGAACCGUCUGCAGCUCUCAUUCAUUUUCUUCCAGCUGCAGGGAGACACUAACUGCAACAAUGACUUCCUGGAGAUCAGAGAGGGGAACUCCACCGGGACUCUGGUGGGUCGCUUCUGUGGAGACUCGCUGCCCUCCAACUACACCUCUGUGGUCGGUCACAUCCUGUGGGUGAAGUUCGUCUCAGACGCCUCCAUCAGCGGAGCAGGAUUCAGAGCCACCUUCGCUCACUUGUACGGCAAUGAAGUGACGGGGGAGAUCGGUCAGAUAGCGUCCCCGCUGUACCCCAGAAUGUACCCCCACAAUGCCCACUACCGCUGGACCAUCACUGUGGAGGGAGACAGCUUCGUCCAGAUCCGCUUCCUGGACAUGGACAUAGAGGACGGGCAGAACUGCUUCUACGACCACCUCAAAGUAUUUGACGGCCCCGGCGUUCAGAACUACCCCCUAGGAAAAUUCUGUGGCCUGUCCCUGCCCGCUCCCAUCAGAAGUUCGGGAAGCGCCAUCACCCUGCAGUUCAUGUCAGAUAACGUAGGCACAGGAAAAGGUUUCCUGGUGGAAUGGACGGCUGUUCAGGACUCUGGACCCAUACCUACUGUCCCACCAGGUGCAUGUGGUGGGUUGCUGAUGACGGGGGAGACUCCUGGCUUCCUCUUCUCUCCCGGCUGGCCAGAGAACUACCUUCCUAACCAGGAAUGCACCUGGCUGAUUCGCUCUCCAGACUCCACGGUGGAGUUCAACCUGCUGUACCUGGACAUGGAGGACUACCCCAUGUGCUACUUCGACAGCCUCGUCAUCAGGGACGGUGAUUCCAGUGUGUCCCCAGAGCUGACCACAGUGUGUGGGCGGGACCCUCCAUCUUCCCUCCACUCAACAGGAGACUCCAUGUACAUCCACUUCUCCUCAGACAGCAGCAUCCACGGCCGAGGCUUCAACGCCUCGUACUCCAGAGGUUGUGGUGGGCUGUUGCAUGUAGACCGGGGCGUGCUGAGCAGCCCCCGGUACCCCCAGAACUACCUGCCGGCUCAGGACUGCAGCUGGCAUGUGAUGGUGACGCCGGGCUUCAGGGUGUCCGUCACCUUCCAGAGCCCCUUCCAGAUCGAAGGCUACGGGACUGUGUGCAGCACAGGAGACUACCUGGAGCUCAGGAAUGGUCCGGAUGCUUCCGCUCCACUAAUAGGGGGACGUCUCUGCGGUUCAUCUGCCCCCUCGGUCCAGCAGACGACAGACAACCACCUCUUCAUGCGCUUUGUUUCUGAUGCCAGCAACGAGGGCUCUGGCUUCAAGCUGACCUUUGAAGCCCACAGUCUGGCGUGUGGAGGCUUCAUCGAGCUGAAUGAUAACGACCCUCCGGGGUACAUCACCUCCCCCAACUAUCCUCAGAACUACCCCCAGAACAUAGAUUGUGUCUGGGUCAUAUCUGUGCCCAAUGGAGAAGCCGUCCAGAUCGACUUUGAGGAUGAUUUCUACAUUGAACCCACCGCCAGCUGUGCGUACGACUAUUUGGAGCUGCUGGACGGAUCCACUUCCAACGACGUAGUAAUCUCGCAGCUCUGUGGCACCACCCGACCGUCUACCCAGCAUUCAACAGGCUCCUCCAUGCUGCUGCGGUUCCGCACCGACACCAGCGUCACGCACAAAGGCUUCAAGGCAAAGUACUCCAUCGCAACCUGUGGAGGCACCUACAUCGGUCAGAGGGGUACAAUCAAAAGCCCGGGUCUCCCAGCAUCCAACUACUCGGACAGCUCCAGCUGUGAGUGGUACCUGGAGGGGCCGACGGGACACUUCCUCACCCUCAGCUUUGACGUCUUCAACCUGCAGAGCUCCUCGGGCUGCACCGCUGACUAUGUGGAGAUCAGAGAGUACAACGCCUCAGGGCGCUUAUUGGGACGAUUCUGCGGCAGUGACAUCCCCGCCCCCAUGGAAACGUCUGACAGUUUUGCCCAUGUUAAGUUUGUCAGCGACGCCAGCGGAAACGCACCCGGCUUCAGUCUGACGUUUGAAGCCAGCGUUGAAGUGUGUGGAGGGGAGCUGAACGCACCCUCAGGAACCAUCUCCUCCCCGAAUUACCCCAACCUGUACCCCCACAGCCGGGUGUGCCACUGGCAGCUGGUGGUGCCUCAGGGCCGCCGGGUCACCCUCACCAUCAACGACCUGCGACUGGAGGAUUCUGGAUCGUCUUGUUCAUUUGACUACGUUGAUGUUCUGAACGGGUUGCUGGAUGACGCCCCCCGCCUGCAGAGGUUCUGUGGUACAGUCCCAGAAGGCACACAGGUGCGCUCCUCCGGUAACACCAUGACCGUAGUGUUCAGCACCGACUCCUCUGUGUCCAACGGAGGCUUCACAGCCUCCUACUCCUCUGAGGAGCCUGCAGAGUGCGGUGGAAUCCUGGAUGACCCAACAGGUGGGAACUUCACCUCCCCCGGCUACCUGGUGUCCAACUACAGCAACAACCUCAACUGCGAGUGGCUGAUCCAGAACCCGCAGCACGUCAACUCCUCCAUCGUGGUUAUGAUAGACGACCUUCAGCUGGAGAACCAUCAGACCUGCGCCUCAGACUACCUCCAGUUCCGCUUUGGUGACGCAGAUGGGGAGAUGUUGGCCAAAUUCUGUGGGAAGAACGCCCCCAACAUUCCCAUAGUGGUAUUUACUCCACAGCUCUGGGUCCAUUUCAAGACCAAUGCUUUCCAGGUGGACCUGGGCUUCAAGGCCAAGUAUUCGUUCUCUGAGUGUGGAGGCUGGCAGACAGGUGAGGGAGGGGUUUUAUCCAGUCCUAACUACCCUGAUAUCUACCCCAGCCCCAGUCGCUGUGCCUGGCUGCUGGAGGCCCCAGCAGGUCACACUAUAAAGCUCACCUUCAGCUCCUUCCACCUGGAGCCCCACUCUCAAUGUGGCUGGGACUCUGUCACCAUUUUCAACGGAGGGUCCCCUGGCUCCCCUGUUAUCGGCCAGUACUGCGGCACCACCUCCCCAGGAACCGUCCAAUCAGGAUCCAACAAGGUGGCUGUCGUCUUCCUGGCUGACCACAGUGUGUCCGGCGGGGGCUUCAGGGCCACCUGGUCUGCUGAUUCCUCAGGCUGUGGAGGGGUGAUCCACGCUGAUAGUGGAACGAUCAAGUCUCCAAACUAUCCCCAGAACUUCCCGGCAAAUGUGGAGUGUUCCUGGCAGAUCGUCGCUCAUGAGGGGAACCACCUGGAGAUGAGCUUCAACUCUGAGUUCCAGAUUCCUGACAGCAGCGGGACCUGCCAGAGCAGCUAUGUCAAGGUGUGGUCGGGUCAGACCCAGAACUCUGAGGCUCUGCUGUCUACAGGCUGUGGCUCUGUGGCCCCGCCCCCCAUCAUCGCUCCAUACAACACCAUCACCAGCAGAUUCCAGGGUACUGGAACCCCGGGGAAAGGUUUCUCCGCCUCCUUCAGCACCAGGUGCGGCGCAAACUUCACAGCCUCCAGCGGCCGCGUGGUUUCUCCAAAUUACCCGUCCCAGUACCCCUUCAACUCCAACUGCAACUACAUCAUAGACGCUGGAGAGCAGACGGUGGUCGUCCUCACCUUCAAGGUCUUCCAAGUCGAAGCUCACUCCACCUGUAUGUACGACGGGCUGAAGAUCUACAACCUGGCUGCUGCUGGUGGCCCUCCUAUUGCCACUGUGUGUGGAAACACCAUCCCGGGGCCCUUCUCCAACUUUGGCCCCAUGUUACUCAACUUCUACUCUGACGUUGUGGUCAACGACGGUGGCUUCCUGGCAGAAUACACAGCCAUCCCAUGCGGAGGCUUCUUCAACAGCACCAUGGGAACAGUGAGCAGUCCAGCCCUCUCUAUGACCAACUACCACCACAACAUCAACUGUACCUACCACAUCAUGGUGCAGCCAGACAGAGUGGUGGAUCUCAAGUUCAACACCUUCCACCUGGAGUCGUCCUCUUCCUGUCGCUAUGACUACGUGGCAGUGUAUGACGGACAGGACACCUUGGCCCCCCUGCUGGGGAGAUUCUGCGGUGCAGUUCUCCCCCCCAAUCUGCGCUCCUCCACCAACCAGCUGUUCAUCGUCUUCAGGACGGACGCCUCAGUGAGCGGGAUCGGCUGGAGGGCCGUCUACAGUGAGACGCUGGGUCCGGCACAGGGCUGUGGGGGCUACAUGUCCAUGCCCAUGGGAAGAUUCGGGUCUCCGGAUCCGAACCUGGACGACCGCUAUGAGUUCCGCAUGGACUGCAUGUGGACCAUCGAGAUGCCGCCCAACAGGGUUGUCAACCUGACCUUUGAAUCCUUCGACCUGGAGAACUCCCCUAACUGCCGCUACGACUAUCUGAAUGUGUAUGAUGGUGACAACAUUAACUUCCCUCUGGUCGGGAAAUUUUGUGGAAGCUUCAUCCCGGCUUCAUUUGUAUCGAGCGGAAACUUCCUGACUGUUCACUUUGUCACAGACAGCUCAGUAAACAAGCGAGGUUUCAACGCUACCUACAGAGCUUUGCCGAUGAUCUGCGGCGGGACUCUAAACGCUACGUCCGCCGUGCAGACGCUGACCUCGCCUUACUUCCCUGGCGCCUAUCCUCCUUUCACUAACUGCCGCUGGAUCCUGGAUGCUCCGUCCCAGGAAAGCGUCAAACUGUCCAUCCAAACCCUCGUCCUUCAGCCCAGCCAGAGCUGCUCCACAAACUUCCUGGAGAUGAGGGACUGGCCUGUGGGAGACUAUGGACAGUCCCAUAAGUUCUGUGCAUCAGAUGCUCACCCUCCAGACUUCUACAGCUACGGCAGGACAGUCCUCGUGCAAUUCAAAUCCGACGCCUUCAUGGCAAGGAAUGGCCUGAGCUUCACCUACCAGAUCGCAGGCUGUAGCCGAACUUAUGAACAACCGUACGGCUACCUGAAGAGUCCGGGCUGGCCUGAUGUGUACCCGCACAACGUGGACUGCGUCGUCAUCCUGAAGGCGCCACAGAACAGCUCCAUCUCCUUCUUCUUCGACAGUUUCGACCUGGAGAGCCACAGCUCAUGUGAAUUUGACUCCCUGGAGAUCCGUAAUGGCAGUACAGCAGAGUCUACUCUGAUUGGUCGGUUCUGUGGCAACACUUUGCCCAAUCCAGUCUUCGCAAAAUCCAACCAGCUCUAUUUACGCUUCAAGAGUGAUUUUUCGAUGGCUCGUAAUGGCUUCGAGGCCACAUGGACCUCCUCCCCUAACGGUUGUGGUGGCAGACUAUACGGAGACCAUGGCUCAUUUGCAAGCCCCAACUUCCCAGGCACCUAUCCCAACAGCACCCACUGUCAAUGGGACAUCGUGGCCCCCAGAGGCCGUGUGGUGACGGUCACCUUCGCCCAGAUCAGUAUCGAUGACCCCGGAGACUGCCAGAACAACUUCUUGAAGCUGUACGACGGCCCUAACGACUCCUCCCCGCCUGUCGGACCGUACUGUGGACUGGAAACCAACAUCGCUCCGUUCACAGCCUCCUCUCAUCACGUCUACAUCGUUUUCCAAGCCCAGUCCGCCACGCUGCCUUCAGGAUUCAGACUCACCUGGAGCAGCUAAAAGAUCACCGACACAAUUUCCUAAUCAUGUUUGUAAGGUAAAUCACCUGUUGUACAUUUAUUUUUUUAACUGAUCAAUGUAGAACUAAUAAAACUAUACUGACAUAACAAA